GUGAGUCCGCCGGCAGUUUGGGGGUUCAGCUUUGGGCCACUAACCUUCUACGUCGGCUGGAGAGCCACUAUGAGCCUGAGAACACCAUCCUGAUCGGCGAUUCUUUUGUGGGGGCCAUCCCAGGAGACACGGAUCUAUUUCAACGUCAGGUGAUGGAAUUUUGGGGCGUUUGCCAGUCUGGUGUGGUUCCUGAGGAACUCAAGCCAGAGUGUACACCAGACCGCCUGGUCAUGACAGACUUCCCAGAGACCACCAUGCAGCUGUUCCCCUCAGUCCGCUACAUGAUGAUCGGCAGCAAAUUCGAUCAGGUUCAAAUGGCAUUCGGUGAUUUUGUGAUUGUUUUUGACUACCUAUGGACUCUGCUUUGGAAAGGCAUUGAUAGCAUACCGCUUUUUUCCAAUGCAACUUUCUACGAGCAACUCAGCGGGGACUUACUGGUAUACUCGGCCUACAAGCAGUUCUCCGCAUACCUCGUGGGUGCCAAACAGGAUACCUACACAAUCUGGCCUCUCUACUUCAUUCGGAGCACUACUCCCGCUGGGCCAUUUGAUGAUUGUAGCAGCCCAUAUGUGGGGGAGCGGUUGCUCGAAUGGCUCAGCCCGCAUAGUGAGGAGAAGGCCUCAUACCAAUGCUACAACACAGAAGAGGACGCCCCAAAUUGGACUGCGCAUUACUGCGACCACAUGUUGCCAUGGCAAGUUGGAAGAUGCGAACCCAGCAACUAGUGAGCGCGGAGGUCAGAAGUUGUGGAAGGUAUGUCGGCAGUUCCUUCCAAUAGUUUGAACUUUUGGGCCGCUCCACUCUUCAGUGUCGAGUGCAAAUCUUCGGAAAUUCAUCCAUUCCCCAGCAAUUAUAUAUGCCGCAAUUGAGUGAUAUUGGAUGCAAUUCCUGGACAACAGGUCCAGAUGAACCUGUGAUAUAUGAUACUGUAAAGUAUUGUACAGUAAUACGUCGCAGCCACUGGUAGUGCCGUUCCUAUUAGUAUAUAAGUGGCUUUGGCGUUGGCAAGUGCCCUCAGGGGUGCCUGAGUUUUGGAAAUAAGGAAGACCUAGAAACGAGGCCUUUAAAAGAAGACCCCGGACUGCUCAAGCGAUCAAAAAGCCGCUUGAGCAAACACUCACUGUUUGCGGAGACUUCCCGACUGUUCCAAGAAGGAAUCUACACUGUGGUGCUUUGCGUGGCAGAUUGAGGAGAGAAUUGCCUUGAAUUGCCUAGGUUUAAACCAUCUUAACCGAUGAUUUGGAUGACCAGGUCUUCUCUGAUUUGGUGUUCAUGAGCUGGAAUUGCUCAAGUUCCGAGCCAGCGCAGCCGCAGCCUGAUGCAGCACGUUGGUACAGGAAUGUUCCGGAUCGAGGCUGGAGAAGAUGCGUGAGCGGGAGAGGAC